AUAUGGAACUCAUCUCCUCUUCCUACCUCUCCGCAUCUUAUGCUCUUUCUCCAUUCAACAUUUGAGAAGCUUUGACACCACAGAGAGAGAGAAGAGGAGGCAGGAAGACCAAGCUUCUCCAUCUCCUCGGAAAAGAAGAAAGAGAGAUCGAGAUGGGGAAUUGCAUCGAUGUACAGAAGCCGAUCUUGUGGGUGGACGACGACGACUGGGAGACGCCGGAGCCGGAGAGUCCUGUACAUUGUCGAGAACAGGAGAAGGCUGAGAGAGCAGCUACCGGCCGAUCCGCAGAACCACCACCGGCGAAGGAAAAACAAGCGGUGGUGGGGUCGUCCGAGAUCAAGAUCAAGAUCAGCAAGAAGCAGAUGGAAGAGCUGCUACGUCAAGUGGACGAGAAAGGAUUGUCGAUCGAGAAGGUUCUUGCGGACCUCGUGGUGAUAGGUGAGGUUUGUCUUGAGAGCAGGGAUGGCCAUUGGAGACCCAACCUGCAAAGCAUACCCGAGGUAUCGGAAUAACCACAACCUUAGCGCCAGGCACAACAACAACAAUGAUGAUGAUGGUGAAGACUCUGUUUGCAUGUGUUACUCUUACAAGUAGAUGUAAUCCUUUUAUUCCCAUUCCUCCCUCAAAGACCUUAUACUGUAGAGAAGUUGAUGGCAAGCCAGGAGAAAUGGGCCUACAAGGAUUUUUUUUCCGCUUUUA